AUGGCAUCAAGCGACCACGUUGACGUGGUGAGGAUCAUUACAGCCGACUUCGACGCCUCUCCUACGUUAGAGGCCCCUUUUCGCUCGCGUGCCCACCCGCAGACGUUUGUAAACAUCAACGCCAACAUCGAAGCCAAAAUCAGAAAUCCUCUGAUCGGCAUCCCGCGAAGAAUAUUGCUCGCAGACGUCGACGAAUUUUGCCGCGUCAAGGGCCUCGCUCCUCACCGGCAGCUCCUGCGCAAAGGUGCUCUCGUCGCCCAGGAUCCGACCGGGUACGAGGACAUCACGGGCGAUGAGGCCCUCACGGAGCGAGAGAUCGAGUCGUUGCGCAACGAGGUGCUCCACAAGUGGCGCAUCCCCUGGGUCCUCUACCUGACCAUCAUCACCUGCUCCAUCGGAGCCGCCGUUCAGGGCUGGGACCAGACCGGUUCCAACGGUGCCAACCUCGACUUCCCCAACGCCUACGGCAUCGGCUCCCGCAGCAUGCGUGACAAGGUCCUCGUCGGCCUCGUCAACGCCGCCCCCUACAUCGGCACCGCCCUCCUCGGCUGCUGGCUGUCGGAUCCCCUCAACAACUACUGGGGCCGCCGCGGCACCAUCUUCGUCGCCGCCAACUUCUGCCUCUGGCCCGUGCUCGCCAGCGCCUUCUGCAGCACCUGGGCCCAGCUCCUCGGCUGCCGUCUGCUCCUCGGCGUCGGCAUGGGCACCAAGGCCUCCACCGUGCCCAUCUACGCGGCCGAGAACUCGCCGGCCUCCAUCCGAGGCGCCCUCGUCAUGAGCUGGCAACUAUGGACAGCCUUUGGCAUAUUCCUCGGCACCUGCGCCAACAUGGUCGUCAAGAAGCUUGGCCACAACGCUUGGAGGUAUCAGCUGGGCUCCGCCUUCAUCCCCGCCGUGCCGCUCCUCCUCCUCAUCUACUUCUGUCCCGAGUCGCCCCGUUGGUACAUUAAGAAGAACCGGUACGCCGACGCGCUGAGGUCCUUGCUUCGCCUGAGGAACUGUCCCGUCCAGGCGGCCCGCGACCUCUACUACAUUCACGUUCAGCUGCAGGUCGAGCACGAGUUCAUCGGCCGCGGCAACUACCUCGGACGCUUCAUCGAGCUCUUCACCGUGCCUCGCAUCCGCCGCGCCACCCUCGCCGCCUUCGUCGUCAUGGUCGCCCAGCAGAUGUGCGGCAUCAACAUCAUCGCCUUCUACUCCUCCACCGUCUUCCACGACGCCGGCGCCGACGAUUUCGACGCUCUGGUCGCCUCCUUCGGCUUCGGCCUCAUCAACUUCCUCUUCGCCUUCCCCGCCAUCUGGACCAUCGACACCUUCGGUCGCCGCUCCCUCCUACUCUUCACCUUUCCUCAGAUGGCCUGGACCCUUCUCGCCGCCGGCCUCUGCACCUUGAUCCCAGGUCCGGGCGGCGCCCACCUCGCCAUGGUCGCCGUCUUCGUCUACCUCUUUGCCGCCUUCUACUCCCCCGGCGAGGGACCGGUGCCGUUCACGUACUCUGCCGAGGUCUUCCCGCUUUCCCACCGCGAGGUCGGCAUGGCCUUUGCCGUCGCCACCUGCCUCUUCUGGGCCGCCGUCCUCUCCAUCACCUUCCCCCUCAUGCUUGAUCGCCUCGGCGUGCUGGGAUCCUUUGGCCUGUACUCGCUCCUCAACGUCGUCGCCCUCGUCAUGAUCUUCCUGGCAGUUCCCGAGACGAAGCAGCGAACGCUCGAGGAGCUCGACUACAUCUUUGGCGUCCCCACGAGGGUCUUUGCCCGGUACCAGGUCACCAAGGCCCUUCCUUGGUGGUGCCGACGAUGGCUCCUGUUCCAAAAGGACGCCACCCUCGAGCCGCUAUAUCACCUGGACGUGACGGAGCAUCAGGAGGAAGAGAUCGAGAUCACCGAUGCUGUCUACGAAAACGACAAGGCCAAGGUGGAGCUGAAGGACGUUACGGGCAUCAUGAGUCGCACGGCCGCGCGAAACCCGACGGCGGACCGAGAUCCUACGCCGAGUCCGUCCCGGAAUUCGCCGACAACGAACGGCCGUCGGUGA